AAGGGGCGUGGUCCUCUGGAGGGGUCGUGGGCCAAGGUGGACUUCAAGGGUUUCAGGAAUGCUGAAUUAGAAAAUGACCGGUGGCUUCCAGGGGAGAUAACCUAAAAUUGCAUCAUCAGGAAUUAUUGACCAUGACUGAGACGCGGCGAUGGAUAGACUGUUGACCAUGGCAUUAAAAAAAAAAAAAGAAAAAAAGAAAAAGAAAGAAAAGACGCGGACGUUCAACCUACAUGCAGGUACUGCAAAACGUAAUCUAACGCAGCAGUUCAGCGCAGUUUCGUCAACCAUGUGGUGCCUCUUCACCUCCCGACUCUCCCAGAAAAGGAGCAACAGCUGGCUAAAAGAGUUAUUUUUAAUUUCUGAGAGCAUGACGUUAAAAAUGCACCAUCUUCCCCAAUAUAAAUUCAGAGUUGUUUUUAAGCGCCCCCAAAUUGCAACUUUCUAUUGGUCCACUUGUUUAGAAACGAGUGGCAUAUCUUCCAUGUAGGCACAAUCCACUCAUUUUAUAUUGACCGAAUUCUGUUAGAUGGCUACGAGCCAGUGAACUCCUUUAUCCUUUACAUAAUGCUGGCCACAGUGGGUGGAUCCUGACAAAAUUCCUGUCUGCCAGGGAGAUUUUUAAUCUACUGAACAUCCAUAGAUAGUUGCAGUCCUGUGCCAAUGUCUUCUAGGCUUGUCCCAGAGGGAGCUGUUUUUUAAUACAAUGUCUAGGCCAUCUAGGCUUGGCAGUGCUAAGGCAGAGGUGGUGAAGCAAGUGGAAUCACUGCCAAAUGGAAGUUUCUGAGGACUUAAAACUCUCCACGAAUACACCGUGGGGACUGGCAAGCAAAACUUACCUAAAGAGAUGAAUCCUGUCUUCAGAGAACAAAGCAAGACAGUUCAAACUCUUUGAAACAAGUGGCCAAAACUGAUGUCACAACCUCGACAGGAUGCUCUCAAGAUAGAAGGGAAUACCAGCUCUGGGGACACAGUUUUACUUACGACUCCUGUAGGCAUUCUUCUCGUUUUGGAAAACUGAUGUAUGUUUGGAGCGGUUAAUGGGAGUCAGGAAGGAGGAAGGAAAUUGGAGGUGGCAGUGGAUGUUGGGUUGAAGAGAGAAAAAUGGUAGAGAGUGGAUGAACCAAUGAAGGGGAAGCAGUUGGGGGAUUUGGCGGAGUGAGCCAGCUCACAAGCUCCAUGUGUAGCAGCACUGUGUUGAUCAGAACAAUUCCCAAGCUUGGCUCAGUGGAGCAGCUUUGCAGGACAGUCAAGAAACAGUGAUCCCUCUGUCACCAGUCUUUGAUGUCCGGAUCGCCAACCCAUCCUAUUCUAGGGCUCACCGUUCUAAAUCCUGCCAUAUUACCUGAAAAGGAGCUUAGAAUGGAUUUCCCGAAAGCACGCCUCAAAAACCAGAUUUUUCACACAUAGGCCUUUGGCGAAUACUGAUUCAAACUGUGGCACCUGUCAGUGGCUCUGGGUACAUUCUAUUCAAUGGACAUUCAGGAUGCAUAGACGGUGAGGCUGAAUCAAUACAGAGGAGAAUAGACUAGAAGAUGAAAGACUCACCAUCCAUAUGAAAUACUCCGUAGAGGCAGGACUGAAGCCCCCCGAAAUCCCCUGCUCAAACAGAGCAGGGAGCAGAAAAGGACUUAUGUAAAUAGAGGAUGUGGCCAUCUGCACCGCUAGAGUUCCAGGUAGAGUGGAGUCACCUUUUACAGCCAAGCCUCAGAGGUAGCGAAUGGUUUGUCACUUUUCUACACUGAGACAAAGAGGGCCUGCAGGAAUUCCUUCAGUGAGGCUUGAAUUUAGCCAACCGACCAUAAGGUAGAGGUCAAGGUGCAGGUGAAGCUGCCUCCCAGGAAAGCCUGUCCGGUGAGACUGCUGCAGAAGAGUGAGGGACAGCUGCUGCACCCCUCCCCUGGCAUCAGUAUAGACACGUACCUGCUAAAGCUACGGAGAUGGAGGCCAGAGGCCUGAGGAUGCCCUUGCUGCUCUUGCUGGUGGCCGUAGUUGUAAUGGCCAAGGUGAAUCACGUCCAAAGGUGGGGAGGCUUCAAGGAGAAGGCCUCAAGCAAGAAAAACAUGAACUCCACGCUGCAUUUCUUCAUCCAGUCCUACAACAAUGCGAGCAACGACACCUACUUGUUUCGAGUUCAGAAGCUAAUCCAAAGUCAGAUGCAGCUGAGCACAGGAGUGGAGUAUUUAGUCACCGUCAAGAUUGGCAGGACCAAAUGCAAGAAAAGCGAGGCAAGCAAUGCUUCCUGUCCUCUGCAAAGCAGCAAGCUGAAAAAGAGCCUGAUUUGCACGUCACUGAUAUACACCGUGCCCUGGGUGAACUAUUACCAGCUCUGGAACAAUUCCUGCCAGGAUAGCAAAGUGCCCAUAUAAAAAGCCCUGAUGACACCGAGAUGCCUGCGUUGUGUACUGGUUUUUAUAUAACUCUAAGAGGACUCAUGUACCUCUCUGUGGUGUACACACACACACACACACACACACACACACACGCACACACACACGCUCACUCUCUUUCACAACACUGACACUCAACAGCAUACAUAGUAACAGCACCUUUAUUGACAUAUAUA